CUUCCUGUCCUUGGAACGUGAAGGAUCAAUAUUUGAUUCUGGAUUUUUCUCUCUCUCUCUCUCUCUUUUAUUGAUAUAAUUGCAGAACAUUCCAUACAAUUAAUUGAGUUGUUGGUUGUUGUUGCUAGAGAGAUUCAGUACAAUUAAUUUAUGAGUUCUGCUAGAGAUUCGAUAAGUAAUUUGCCAGAUGAGAUACUAGGCAAAAUCCUGUCUUUGCUUCCGACAAAAGAGGCUGCUUCCACAUCGGUUCUGUCCAAGAGGUGGAAGAAUCUUCUGGGUCUAGUAGACAGCCUUUCUUUUGAUGAAUCGAUGGUUGUGUAUCCAAAUGAAGAAGGCUUUAAGUGGUUCACAUCGCUUCUCUGAUUUCGUAGAAAAGGCACUGGCUCUGUUUAGCAAUUCUCCUCCCAUGAAGAGGUUCUCUCUGUGUCAUGUACCUAGAGAUGGCUGCGACGAUA